ACGGAAGGUGCAUACCGAUGGUGCAUACCAAAUUAUAUUAUACUGUAUAACAGAUAGAUAUGUGCAAUUUAAGUUCAUUUGCGAAUAAUGGUAAAAAAAUCGUUGCCGUAGCAGCUAAUUAUAAAUCUCUUAUGAAAAUACUAAAGAUAGAACCACCAAAAGAACCACAGAUUUUUAUUAAACCUAGUACGUCGUAUUUAACUGAAGGAUCACCUAUUGUAAUUCCCAAAGGUUUCGCAGUGAACCAAGAAAUAGAAUUAGGAGUGGUAAUUGGAACAAGAGCGAAAAAAGUAUCCGAAAGCAAAGCCAUGGAUUAUGUUGGCGGAUAUUGUGCUGCCCUUGAUAUGACAGCAGCUGACAAAAUAAAAGAAGCAAGAAGUAGUGGCGGUUCUUGGACACUGGCAAAAGGCUUCGAUACUGCUACUCCUGUCAGCAAGUUCAUCCCAAAAUCAGAGGUUCUAGAUCCUUACAAAUUGAACAUAUGGUGCUCUGUUAACGGUAAACUGCGUCAAGAUGCGUUCGUCUAUGAUGUACACUUUAAUAUAGCUCAUUUAAUAAGUUUUAUAAGUCAAUACAUAACAUUGGAACCAAACGAUCUUAUUUUGACAGGAGCUCCGCCUAAUUUCGGUCCAGUAAAAGAUAAAGAUGUUAUUACUGCUGGCAUAAAGGAUUAUGUGCAAAUGAAAUUUGAAGUGGUUGAAGAAAAAUAACAUUCCGGUUUGAUAUUAUAUCAAUCUUUUCACAUAAAUAGGAAACUAAAAACUCUAUCAACGGUUGAGAUUUAUCUUUUAAUGAGUUUUCCUUAAUUUUGUUAUUUAGUUAAAUAAUUAUUUC